GAGGAAAAGGAGAAAGGGUGGUCACCGAGACGUUAUUUCCGGACGCCUAGACCGUAUUUCCGGUCGCCAAGACCGUAUUUCCGGUCGCCUAGACCGUAUUUCCAGUCGCCAAGACCGUAUUUCCGGUCGCCUAGACCGUAUUUCCGGUCGCCAAGACCGUAUUUCCGGUCGCCUAGACCGUAUUUCCAGUCGCCUAGACCUUAUUUCCGGUCGCCUAGACCGUAUUUCCGGUCGCCUAGACCGUAUUUCUGGUCGCCUAGACCGUAUUUCUGGUCGCCUAGACCGUAUUUCCGGUCGCCUAGACCGUACUUCCGGUCGCCUAGACCGUAUUUCUGGUCGCCUAGACCGUAUUUCCUGUCGCCUAGACCGUAUUUCUGGUCGCCUAGACCGUACUUCCGGUCGCCUAGACCGUAUUUCUGGUCGCCUAGACCGUAUUUCCUGUCGCCUAGACCGUAUUUCUGGUCGCCUAGACCGUAUUUCCGGUCGCCUAGACCGUAUUUCUGGUCGCCUAGACCGUAUUUCUGGUCGCCUAGACCGUAUUUCCGGUCGCCUAGACCGUACUUCCGGUCGCCUAGACCGUAUUUCUGGUCGCCUAGACCGUAUUUCCUGUCGCCUAGACCUUAUUUCCGGUCGCCUAGACCGUAUUUCCGGUCGCCUAGACCGUAUUUCUGGUCGCCUAGACCGUAUUUCUGGUCGCCUAGACCGUAUUUCUGGUCGCCUAGACCGUACUUUCGGUCGCCUAGACCGUAUUUCUGGUCGCCUAGACCGUAUUUCCUGUCGCCUAGACCGUAUUUCCGGUCGCCUAGACCGUACUUCCGGUCGCCUAGACCUUAUUUCCGGUCGCCUAGACCGUACUUCCGGUCGCCUAGACCUUAUUUCCGGUCGCCUAGACCGUACUUCCGGUCGCCUAGACCGUACUUCCGGUCGCCUAGACCGUACCUCCGGUCGCCUAGCCCGUACUUCCGGUCGCCUAGACCGUACUUCCGGUCGCCUAGACCGUACUUCCGGUCGCCUAGACCGUACUUCCGGUCGUCAAGACUUACACAAUAUAUAUACAUUAUUUACAGCACCCCGACAACUCGGGCAAAUAAACAGUGCUUAUAUCGAGGUCUUCCAACGAGGCUUCCGAGGUCGUAA